AGUGGUAGCAGCGUGGGGCUCUCCCUGCUGGUGUGGACACUAAGUGGGGUCCUCUCCUUGUUCGGCCGGCUGCAACCUCCUAUGUGGCCCUGGCGUUCGGGCGUUACGUGGUGGAGCCGUUCUUUGCACCUUGUGCUGCUCCCACAGUGCUUGUCAAACUCGUCAGUAUCCUCGGACUGACGCUCGUGAUGGCAGUGAACUGCUGGAGUGUGUCCAUGGCAUCUCGCACUCAGACAGAGAAUUUCCAAAAUGGUUUUGAUGUUGACGUAGCGUCACUGCACAAGUUAUCGCUGGCGUUCUAUAAUGGUUUAUACACCUAUGGUGGAUGGUUUUAUCUGAACUUUGUCUCAGAAGAAGUCAUCAAUCCAAACAGAAACAUCCCUCUGGCUGUGAUCUUAUCCAUGGUGACUGUGACCGUCUUCUAUGUGCUUAUUAAUGCGGCCUAUUACACGGUGAUCACGCCUGCUGAGCUACUACUGUCUGAUGCUGUGGCUGUGACAUUUGCCAAUCGUACACUCCACUGGAUCGCUUUUCUUGUCCCUGUACUGGUGGCCUUGUCGUGCCUGGGGACAUUGAACGGCACCCUCUUUGGAUCACCCAGGAUGUUUUUUGUGGGAUCCAGAGAGGGCCACUGGCCUGUGCUCUUCUCAAUGAUCCACAUCCGCAGACGCACACCUCUGCCCGCCAUACUGUUACUGUACCCCUUUAUCUUGGUCACAGUAAUCACUGGAGAGAUCUACCAGUUGAUCAACCUCACCUCAGCUGCUCAGUGGUUUUUCAUCUCCUUGGUAACUUUGGGGCUGCUCCUUCAUCGAUACCGCUUCCCGCUUCACCCGAGACCUUUCAAGGUCCCAAUUGUCAUCACAGUCAUCUUCCCAGCGGUUUGCCUUUUCAUUGUGGGUGUCUCUCUGUACUCGGACCCCUGGAACACAGGGAAAAGUUUGGCUCUCACACUGACUGGGGUCCCAGUUUACUACGUGACCAUCUACUGCUCCUGCCUGCCCAACAAAUGGAGACGUGCCUUAAGUGAGUUUUCUGCCAACUGA